CUCACAUUAUGAUCAUGUAGCAUAACAGAUUCAAACCUUUUAUGAGUGCGAACAGUGUUCAUAACGAUCUUUAACUAGCAACAGCUAAGACUGGAUGCGGUGCUAUCAAGGUCCUCGAUAAUACGCGCCACAGUUAGCAGUCAUCGAAAAAACUUAUAUCUUUUUAUUCUUAUAAUCAACAAAAAUAAAAAAUCACUGUGGAAACGUAAAAGUGACCAUUUGAUUGUGCAAGAAAACUUACGAUGAAGAAGCUGUAUCUGUGCCUUGUAUUGGAAUUAUGCGUACUGACCAUGUCGCAAAGAACUGCCUUGGAUACGUCGAUUCUUAAUUCCAUCUACCGUGGAUAUCGUAAUUGGUUAACGCAAUCCUACGGCACAAGAAAUGGCGAUCGAAUGUCUCAAUUACGAAAUAAUUAUAAAUUUCAAAAGGAAGUUCCAAUAGACGUCCCUUUUCCUUGCAAUGUAACAGCCGGCAGGUCUCCAAAAGUUCCCGAGUCGGUUCACCAUUUAAAACCAGGAGACAUAGAUGUUAUUGCCGCAAUGGGUGAUUCCGUGACAAUCGGCGCUGGAGUUACUUCGAUUUAUACGUUCGAAGUGAACAUUGAAAAUAGAGGCAUAGUGGGUAGUAUCGGCGGUCAAGGAACUUGGCGAGAGUACCUGACUCUCCCUAAUAUUCUUAAAGAAUUCAAUCCUAAAUUAAUAGGUUAUUCACUUGGAGACGCUAUAAGUACUGAUCCAGCUGCGCAGUUAAACGUCGCCGAAGCUGGAGCUAUGUCUAAAGAUAUGACUUUCAUGGCGACAUAUCUGGUCAAUAAAAUAAAAGUUGACCCGAGAGUAGAUAUAAACAAACAUUGGAAGUUGAUUUCGUUGAUGAUUGGAAGUAAUGAUUUUUGCUCUAAUAUGUGUGCAACUUCUUCUCCAUGGACUAUGUUAAAUGAUCACAAAAUAGAUUUAAUUCAUACUCUUAGAAUCUUAAGAGACAAUUUACCAAGAACUUUUGUUGCUCUUAUACCACCACCUCACUUAAAGGAACUGGUUGCUGCACACCAAGGAAGAGAGUCAUUCCUGUGCUAUUUGGCAUCCAUGAUUGAAUGCUCAUGUAUGUUUGCUUUACAAUUUAGGGAUCGAAGACCGGAAUAUUAUAAAUUAAUUGAGAGGUGGCAAGAAAUUGACGAAGAAGUCGCUAAUUAUCCAGAAUUUCAUAGAAAUGACUUCACCGUAGUAAUUUUACCGACUCUGGAACAUGCAAAAAUACCUCUAGCCGAGGAUGGAUUUGCCGACUUCUCAUAUCUUAAUGCUGAUUGCUUUCAUUGGAGUCAAAAACUACAUGCACUAUAUGCGAAUAAUCUGUGGAACGAUUUGUUGGAACCAGUUGGUAACAAGAGUAGGUUUCUCACUUCGUUAUUUGAAAAAUUUCUGUGUCCUACUUCGGAAAGACCGUUCUUGAUGACGUAUGAAAAUUCACAGAACAAUGAAACUUAAGGAUGGUUAGAGAAGUUUAGAACAGUUUCUGUAAGUGGAAGAUGUAUUAUAAUCUUCGUAUUUGUCUAUUUAAAAAUGACAAAAAUUAUAAUCAGCAAAUGUUCCAAUAUAAGAACCAAUGUUGGAGCAAUAAUAAUAUUUAA